UAUUCCACUUUAUGUGUGCUACGACGUCGUUCCUUCUGAAACCCUUUUCCAUACUCAGUCGCAUCACAAAUCUGUCUCCUUUCAACAUUCUCAGUUGUGAAAACUGAAAACCUUCGAUCUCCGCAAAAACUAGACGCGGUAACAAGCAAUGGCCACCUCAAUUGCCGCCAUGACGGCUCGCAGAGCUGCUACUCUUGCUCGGCUCUCACCAUCCACUCGACCCGCUUCCCUCGUUUCCCGCCGCGGCCUCGCCGGCACUGCUGACCUCCAUGGGCCACCGAAGAUUAAUAUUUGGGAAGACCCGAUGAGUCCGUCAAAGUGGAAGGAAGAACAUUUUGUGAUUGCCUCUUUAACUGGGUGGUUUACCCUUUUCUACGGAGCUUACAAGGCUUUUAGUGGAGGCAAGGACAAAGGAGAGAAAGUAGCAGAAACAGCCCAAUAGGCCAGCGGUUCAAGUUGCUGUUUUUUUUUCUUCUAAUAAUAUGCGCUUCAACUUAUUGUUUGUGUGAAGAAAGUUCAUCUCCACCUGAUUUCUAUAAUGAUCAUUAAGAAUAUUCAGCCAAUGAAUUUCUCGAUGCGUUUGUUUUUUGGUGGAAGAAUGGGUCUCCUCUCAUACCCUAGUCGUUAUCUACUUAUCUUGUUCCGGCUACAUCUUCCAGUUGCUUGUGAAAUUUUCUGAUAAUAAUGAAAACCAUAAGUUUGAUUUAUCA